AUUUUCUUCGCAAAGCAAAAAAAAAAAAAAACAAAAAAAAAACACCAGCAUCUCCAUUCUCUCUCCAACAAUUUGAAUCCGAGCGGCCGGCGAGCAGAAACUCGCCGGAAUCUUCCUUGGAUCGUCGCCGGAAUUCUAGUCCUAGCCGUUUUCGAGCAUGCAGGACGUAGGAUUAGAGAGGGAAAUGGGAGGUUUUCAAUUUUUGGUUUCUGUUAUCCGAGUUUUGCUUUGAUACUCGACGUAGAUUCUGCUUUCCCCUUCUCUAACGUCGAAUCAGGAGAGAGAAAGAGAGAUCAGCUCUAUUUCUGCUUCGUUUUGUCUUUCUCUCGCGGGAAUUUUUGCUCGGAUCGUCGCCGGGAUCUUCAUCUCCUCCGGUGCAGAGGACUGAAUUAAGGGGCGAAAACAGAAAGAGAGAGAGAGAGAUGUACCUUUGAUCUUGUCGACUUUCCGUUUUGUUUAAUAUUUUCUUCUUCAGAUUGAUACAUUAUGCUGGUGAUCAUUAGAUAGAAGAAAAAAACAAAAAGAGCGAAGAGAAGAAAAAAAAAUAUUCGUUCCCUGGCUGUUUCUCUCUCUCUUGUGCGGUGGAGUAAUUUAGCUUGCAAUGCGGGGAAAAAGAUUCUAAGAUCCUUUGCUGUUUCCUCGUUUUCAUUCCCUAGGGAUUCUCAUCCCUCUGCCUCAUUGGCUUCCUCUCUCCUCCUUAAAUGCCGCUUGGUUCGUCUCCUGUUUAUCCUGUUCUGAAGAAGAAAGAGAGAAUUGAAACAAGCAUGUCCUAUUUCUGAAAAAGAUUUGCCUGUGAAGAUGGGAUUUUGGCUUAUGGAUUCUAAAUUAUGGAACUUCCAUUAUUUGAUUUUUCAUACUUGGAGAAGAGUUGAAGGUGUUCACGUGACCAGCAAUUCUGUUAGAUAAUUGAUUUCGAUUUCUUUGCGGGAUCUUUUUGUUUCAACAAUGCCUUCUCAGAUAAUGGAUCAGAGGGGUGUUUCUGCGUCUACCCACUAUUACGAAGAAAUUUUCUCUUCUGCUGAGAGACAUGUUGGUUUUUGGAAGCCAAACAGUAUGCCUGAUAGCCUAGGUAAUGGUGGGAUGAUGUCAAGGAAUGGCAGUAGGUUUGCUGGUCCAGUAUCACAUGAACAGUUGACAUCUGAUGGUGUGGUGGAUAGUUUGAGAUUGUCUCCAUCAACUAUUGUUGGAGAAAGGAUGGAAAAGCCAGUAAGUGACGAAGCUGGAUUUCCCAAUUUGCCUAGGAAUUCAUGGAAUUCUAUGGAUCUCCAACCAAACACAUGGUCAAGUCUGUACUUCCGGUCAACAACUCAUGGUGUGAAAGGAGAUACUGAUGUUCGUGGCAUUGGUUCUGAAAGCAGCCUUUUCUCAAGCUCACUAUCUGAACUAUAUAGUAGAAAAUUGAGACUGUCACGAAAUGAUCUAUUGCCUCUGGAGCCUGGCAACCAAGUUGCUUCUGAAAAUCAGGAAGUGGAGCCUUUUGAAUCUCUGGAAGAAAUUGAGGCGCAGACUAUUGGAAAUCUUCUUCCCGAUGAAGAUGAUCUAUUUUCUGGUGUAAUUGGUGAAGCAAGAAAUGCUUCUCAUGCAAGUGGUGGGGAUGACUUUGAAGAUUUCGACUUGUUUAGCAGUGGAGGUGGCUUGGAACUAGAAGGGGAUGAACAGAAAAGUGGAAGGGGCUUAAAUGGUUUUCAUAUUGGUGAUCACACUCAGAGCAAACGUUCUUCUAGAACACUUGUUGUCCGGAAUAUUGAUAGCAGUAUCGAGGAUUUUGAGCUGAAGCCCCUUUUUGAGCAAUUUGGAGGGAUACAAACCUUCUAUACAGCCUGCAAGCAUCAUGGAUUUGUUAUGAUUUCUUAUUAUGAUAUAAGAGCUGCGCAAAGUGCAAUGAGAUCACUUCAAAGGAAUCGCUUUGGGAGACAUAACCUUGACAUUCAUUAUGCUGCUCAAAAGGAGAAUUCGUCGGUAGAAGAAAUUAACCAAGCAACCUUGGCAGCUUCCAACCUAGAUUCCUCUGUGUCAUAUGACAAACUUCUUCAGAUUUUUGAGGUUUUUGGAGAAGUUAAAGAGAUUUAUGAAACUGGGCAGAAGAAGUUCAUAGAAUUCUAUGAUAUUAGAUCUGCUGAAGCUGCAUUAUAUUCUUUGAAUGGGACUGAUCUUGCUGGCAAGCAGAUUAAGCUUGUGCGAGGCCAACAAGUGGAUGAUUUAGAAAGUUUAUCUCUUGUUCAUAUGGCAACUGCUUCCCCAGGAAUAAUUGCUUCUAGCUUCAUGGAUAGUGGAUCUACCAAGACCUCGCAUAACCUAGCUCGAUCGCCGAUGAAUUCAUUUGCUGAACCUCAUCAAAAUUUUGGUGCUUCCAUUAAUUUGUCCUCUUCAGCAAGGAUGAUGCCCUUUGACAAAACAAACGGUGUUCAAGUGCUGCACCAGUCUACGAAUGGGUUGAAGUUUGGCAACCGGGCUAUUCCAAUCAUCCAUCCUCACUCCUUCCCUGAAUACCAUGAAGGUUUCACCAAUGGUAGUCCAUGUAAAGCUUCAAACACGUUUAUGGAAAUGGCCGGAAAUGGCAUGAAACUAAAUGGAGGAUUUAAGGCUGGUGAUACUGGUGCAACUUCCUCUAAUGGGCACCAUAUUAGAGCUAUCCCCAGUGGUUUUGGAUCACUGGGAAAUGGGCACGUAAAUAAUCACAUUUGGAAUAAUAAUUCACAGGCCUGGCCUCAUUCCCCAUCUGGCAUCAGUGGUGUUCAUGCUCAUCGCUUUCCACCGGUUGCUGCAUUUCCCAGGAAUCCUCCUAUGCUUGUCAAGGUAGCUUCUCCUGUUCAUCACCACAUUGGAUCGGCACCCACGGUAAAACCCACUCAAUGGGACAGAAGGCAUGCUUACUUAGCAGAAUCUGCAGAAGCUUCUGGCUUUCUCCAUGGAUCUCCAUCCCACCCCAUGGACAUUUCCUCUCAUAACUCCUUUGCCCAUGUUGCUGGAAAUCGCAUGGACAUGUCUCCUGUAAACGUUGGACCGCGGUCUCCUCAUCUCUUUUCGGGAAGGAAUUCACUGAUUUCGAUUCCAGGUUCUUUUGAUUCUCCCGUCGAACAGGGUAGGAACUUCUCUCACCGCAGAAGUGAAUCGAGCUCCAACAACGCCGACAAGAAACAGUUUGAACUUGAUCUUGAUCGUAUAUUGCGUGGAGAAGACAACAGAACAACAUUGAUGAUAAAGAACAUUCCCAACAAGUAUACUUCUAAGAUGCUUCUUGCUGCAAUCGACGAGCAUUGUAAAGGAACUUAUGAUUUCAUCUAUUUGCCAAUUGACUUCAAGAAUAAAUGCAAUGUGGGGUACGCUUUCAUCAACAUGAUUGAUCCUCAGAAGAUUGUUCCAUUUCAUAAGGCAUUUGAUGGGAAGAAGUGGGAGAAAUUCAACAGCGAGAAGGUAGCUUCUCUUGCGUAUGCUCGGAUUCAAGGAAAAGCAGCUCUUAUUGCACAUUUCCAGAACUCGAGCUUGAUGAACGAAGACAAGCGUUGCCGCCCAAUCCUCUUCCAUACCGAUGGCCCUAACGCUGGUGAUCAGGAGCCUUUCCCGUUGGGGGCUAACGUGCGUUCAAGGUCGGGAAAGUCACGUACCAUUAGUUACGAGGAAAGCUGCAGCAAUGGCAGCUCUUCUCUUCACUCCUCUUCAGCAAACAACAAACCCAACCCUUCACAUGGCGAUGAUUCCACCGUUCCGAAGGACUCUUAACUUGUAAAAAGAAAAAAACUCCAUCCGCUUCAUCCGUGACGCCGACUAACCGUAUGGAAACCGGCAAGAGAGGAGAGGAAGAGAAGAGGAGAGGGGAAAGGGCUUCCUCAACAUCAGUUCUUUCUUUCUUUCGCUUCUUUUUUUUCCGUUCUUUCAGAUUCUUGGCAUGAGAUUUUUUGUGUUCAUUGUGAGGAUUCCGGUGUACAGAAAAGUUUCUCCGGCCUCGGAAAAUUGAUCGAUAGCUCGAAUCGGAUCGGAUCGGCACAUUAUGUAAUCUUCUCUUCUCUCCUCUCUUACCGUUGUUUCUGUUGUGUCUCGGGACAUUGUCUGUAUCUGUCCCCUAAAUGGGAAAAGGCUCCAAGUGGUUUUUGUGUUCCUUUAGGGAUUGGCAUUA